CUCGACUGUUCCCGCUCCUUCUCAGACAAUCUUCAUGUUUUGAGUCAUUUUCAGCGUUGACAUCCAUCAGUGUUGGGAAAUACUACUUAUAUGCAUGAAAUGCAAGAGUCGAACAGUCGGUGCAGUUGCUGCUCGGAGUGUUCUGACAAGGAGUGCCAAGAAAAUGCGGCCGGCGUAGUGAAACAAGUACACGCCAGAUUAAGAAGAAAAUUCAAAGAGGCUGAUGGUGACUUUGAGCGAAUUUGGAGUGAACAUUGUGAAGAUGAAGACACCCUGGAAGAGUAUGCCAAUGCAAUGCAGCAUCUUGCUGAAGAACAUUGGUCAAAAAAUCCAGAUGAUAGAAUCGCAUGGUGUUAUCAGUGUUGUAUAGAUUAUUUCUUCAGUGGUGGACUGAAAUGUGCUCUUGAAAAAGAUGAGCGGACCAAGCAGUUUCUCACAAGCGGUGGUGCUAAUAAUUUUACUGAAACGCAAUGUUCUUGUACAGCGGAUGAAUAUGCUGCAGGUUCUGGAGAUAACUUGUCAUCACUGUCAGCUGCUACCGCUUUGUACAGUUACAACUCCUUUAAGCUGCCAUUUACAGGGAAGGUGAGACUAAUUGAUGUUGGUAGUUGUUACAACCCAUUUCUCAAAUAUGAAGAUUUCCUGUCUAUCGGCAUUGAUAUAUCACCAGCUGUUGAGUCUGUUUACAAGUGUGAUUUUCUUAAUUUACAACUACAUCCUCCGCUACAACUUGCUGAAGAUACACUAGACACAUACCUGAAGAAUCUAAAAAACCCUGUUGAUGAAUUGCCGAGAGAAUCCUUCCAUGUUGUUGUAUUUUCUUUGUUACUGUCAUAUUUUCCAUCUCCAUAUCAGAGAUGGAUAUGUUGUCAGAAAGCUCACAGUCUUUUGCAGAUGAACGGAUUACUUCUGAUUAUCACACCAGACUCAUCGCAUCAAAACAAACAUGCUUCCAUGAUGAAGAGUUGGAAAUGUGCUAUUGAAUCAAUGGGUUUCAAGAGAUGGAGGUAUAUCAAAUACAUGCACAUGCAUUUCAUGGCUUUCCGUAAAGUCAGCAACCAGCAAAGUAUUUUGAUGAGCGAAGCCAAUCCGGACAUGAUGUACAUACCACAGGAUUUUCAUGACAAUAUUGAAGAAUGCGUUUUCAAUGACAGUUUUGAUAAUCAGUCGGACUCUGAUGAACAAUCUGUGAAGGAUUUCUUCACAGAACUGCCGGAUAUUCAAGACCCUUGUGAUAUUCUUCUCUAUACUUAG